CUCUUCUUGUUGAAUAAACUCUAAGGUGCAACCUCAUCCCUGGCGCUCAGCACUACCGGCUGUUUUACAGCAGCCUGGCUGCCUCUAGAAACUUCUCGGUUCCUCCCUCUCCCCUCCCCUUCCUCCGCCCCGUUAGCCAGGGGGCUGGCGCUGCGGCGGAGCAAGGAAGGAAGGAAGGAAAGAAACGCGCCGGUGCUCUCUCUCCCGUCCGCGUAGCUCAGAGGCGGAGGCGCAGCGAGGCGCUAGCCCCAGCUCGGUGGGAGGCCGGUGCCGACCCCACGAGGCGGCCCUUCCCUACGCAGCGGUGGCAGCAGCAGGCGGGAUGACGGCGGAGGAGAUGAAAGCGGACGGGGCUCCCUUGGAAGGCACGGACAUCACCCCUAAGCAGGAUGAGGGCGUCCUCAAGGUUAUCAAGAGAGAAGGCAGUGGAACAGAGUCUCCAAUGAUAGGUGAUAAAGUGACCGUCCAUUACACAGGAUGGCUUCUUGAUGGCACAAAAUUUGAUUCCAGUCUGGACAGGAAAGACAAAUUCUCAUUUGACUUGGGGAAAGGUGAGGUGAUCAAAGCAUGGGAUAUUGCUGUGGCAACUAUGAAGGUUGGUGAAAUCUGUCGGAUUACGUGCAAACCAGAAUACGCCUAUGGCUCAGCUGGGAGCCCCCCAAAGAUACCUCCCAACUCUACACUGAUUUUUGAGAUAGAACUUUUUGAGUUCAAGGGGGAAGACCUCACUGAUGACGAAGAUGGUGGCAUCAUCCGAAGAAUCCGUAAAAAGGGGGAAGGCUACUCCAAGCCUAAUGAGGGUGCUGUUGUAGAGAUCCAAUUUGAAGGCCGAUGUGGAGAUCGUGUUUUUGACAGUCGGGAAUUGCGGUUUGAGAUUGGAGAAGGUGACAACUACGAUCUCCCUCAUGGUCUGGAGAAAGCAAUUCAAAAAAUGGAGAAAUUGGAGGAAUCUGUGUUCUAUCUCAAACCCAACUAUGGUUUUGGAAGUUCUGGGAAGGAGAAGUUUCAGAUUCCUCCAGAUGUGGAGCUACAGUAUGAAGUGAAACUGAAAAGCUUUGAAAAGGCUAAGGAGUCUUGGGAAAUGAACACAGAUGAGAAGCUGGAACAAAGCUGCAUUGUGAAGGAGAGAGGCACUCAGUACUUCAAGGAGGGGAAAUACAAACGAGCAGCAUUACAGUAUAAGAAGAUAGUGUCGUGGCUGGAGCAUGAGUCGGGACUCUCUGAUGAGGAGGAUACAAAAGCCAAAAGCUUGAGUCUUGCUGCUCACCUUAAUCUCGCAAUGUGCCAUCUCAAGCUGAAGGAAUACUCCCAGGCUUUGGAGAACUGCAACAAGGCACUUGAAUUGGAUAGCAAUAAUGAAAAAGGCCUCUUCCGGCGUGGAGAAGCGCACUUGGCUGUCAAUGACUUUGAAUUGGCCCGAGCAGAUUUCCAGAAAGUGAUACAACUUUAUCCAAGUAACAAAGCUGCCAAAGUGCAACUGGUAACUUGUCAGCAAAAAAUACGUGAGCAGCAUGAAAAAGAGAAAAAGAUGUAUGCCAACAUGUUCCAAAGGCUUGCAGACAGAGACUUAAGGUCAGCUGCUACUCUUCAAACCAGCCACAAUGAAGAUGCAGAAAUGAAAGAUGAGCAGAACGGAGUUGAAGAUAAAUUGGAAGUUGACACAGAAGCGUGAAGACAAACCCUGUUCCUUUAGUUUUGUAAACAAAAGAAUUUCCAGUGAAUUAUACCUUUAUUUUUCUAUCUGGUUGAACAGUGGCUUCAGGGGAACAGAGGCUGAAGCCAUCAUGCCACAGUGAGUUACAGCUUAACAUGUCUGUUGAAGAAGCUGAGUGGCAGCAUAGAUCUGGUUUAAUCCUAGGGACUUCUAUUUAUUCAUUCGGCCUCUGUUAACUCGUUGGGUUCUGCUUGGAUUUACUCUGCUUGGUUUAUUUGCAUUUUGCCAUUAGUGUCUGUCUCCUGAUUCCAGAUUGCUUUAAUCCUAGGUUCUGCUUCCUCAGUUUAUUUCUUUCAGGUAAUCAGCCUUUUCCAGGAGUCCUCAUAUGAGACUUGAGAACAAAUUGGCACUUCCAGUUGUUCUGCCUUGGCAUUGCCCCCUUCCUCCCUGUUCAGUAAGGGGCCCCUUUCCAUUAAGUGUUGUAACCUUUCUCACAUGCAUCCUCUUUGCAAAUUGCUGAAGGUGAAGACUGUGAAAGUUGCAGCUUAAGUAAUAAAGUUCCAACUCAAGAAAA